UGCGUGACGCCGCCCGGCACUUGAUUUGCUGGGUCCGCCCGCCCGGCCCUUCCCAAACUGCGGGAGCGCCGCGCCGCCCACAGCCCCGCCGGGCAGCACCGGCGGCAGCAGCGGACAGCGGCGGCCCCGCGGGCAGCCCCGGACAGCGCCGGGCAGGCUCCCCUCUCCCCUCCCUGACACCACCGGGCACCUCAGCGGAGAGAUGAACCCCACCAUCGGCAUCGCUGUCAUCCUGACAGUCCUCCAGGCUGCCCACUGCCAGAUGAUCAAGGACCUGAGUGCCUGCCUGCUGGGCCAGAGCCUCCGGGUGGACUGCCGUUAUGAGAACAAAACCAGCAACCCCCUGACCUACGAGUUCAGCAUCACCAAGGACAACAGGAAGCACGUCAUCCACAGCACCAUCAGCGUCUCCGAGAACAUCUACCGGAGCCGAGCCAAUGUCACCAUGCACAAAAACCUGGUGUGCCUCUACCUGCAGAGCUUCACCACCAGUGAUGAGGGUGUCUACAUGUGCGAGCUAAGGGCCACCAACGACUACACCGGCAACCAGAUAAAGAACAUCACUGUCAUCAAAGACAAACUGGAGAAAUGCGCCGGCUUCAGCCUCUUGAUCCAGAACACUUCGUGGCUCCUGCUGCUUCUCCUUUCCCUGCCUCUUCUGCAAGCUGUGGACUUCGUGUCCCUGUGAAAGGAAAAGCACACACACACGCACGCACGCACGCACACACUGAGUACCCCAGCAAACCCACCUCCCCCGCCAGAAUGCAGCCCUUGGAAAGAGAAGCUGAACCGUUUGGAAGAAGUGAAACGUCUCUGUGUGUUAUCUCUAUAUAGCCGUAUAUCUAACGCUAACCACCAUCCUGUGCCGAGACCCGCCAUCACACGCACACAUGCCCUGCUCUGAAGCAUGGUGGCUCCGCUAGGCAGCGUUGCUUCUCCCAUCGCAUCUCCCCGCUCAGUAGGCUGGCUGGUUUGCUCAUGCUGGGAGCACUGGAACCCCAGCCCCGCCCAGCCCGCUUCUCCCAUCCCUUUAAUUUUCAGGGUUUGCCCGUUCUCAACUGGGGAAAGAGCUGGACUGGCAGGUAAGAGAGAGAUGAUGCGAGAGCGUGCGGAGGGGUCCCCAUGCUGCCUGCUGUGCCCACAGCUCCUGGAGAUGGGGCUGUCGGCAUCCCCAACCCGCCCUGCCCACUAGCCAGGUGACUUCCUGAUUUCUCAGCCUGCUCCUCUCACCCUGAGGCACCCAGAGCUGCCGCGACUGGGAGGGGACACGAGGCAAGUCCUGUCUCAGAGCAAGCAGGGAAGAGGCAGAGGGAGCAUGGGAUGAUGGUGGGCUUGGCCAGGCUGGGAAGAGAAAGGGGAGCAGGUCUAGGAGACACCUGUCAAAUGCCCCUGGCUCCUUAGGGCUCUUCUGGGGCCCUGGGAGGGGUCUCACUGCAAAAGUGCUUUGGCAACAAGUAUUUCCUAAUGUGUUUUUUACAGCUGAGCUGGAAAUGAGGCCUCCCCCAGACGUCAUCUGGUACCUUUGGGCUGCCCAAGCCCGAGACACCACUUGCUCUCCCUGGGGACCAGCCCUUAGCUGUGACGAGAGAAUUGCUGCCAGCACCCCCUCACAGCGGAGGCAAGCAGAGCCUCUCUGAGCUAGCCACAGCCCUGCCUUCACCC